CACCUCAUCCCCCGUACACACAACAAACUCCUCUUUUUCUUCCUCCUAGGCAUCGACCAAUUGGUGAAUAUAUCAGGGGCCUAUCUUCCGGCUCUUCAUCGAAUCAACAAUCUCUGGGCUUCUAGGGUAUAAAGUCGCUCCGACAGCUUUUGUUCAUCCUGUCUACCUAUCGCACUACACCCCUCCCCCAAGCUUAAGCUAAGCGCCAGUCACAACAUCGAUUUCUAGCACAACAAGCAAUAACAGCUCAACUGCUUCGUCAACUUACUCAAAAUGACUCUCUACUACAGUCUUGUCUUCUGCCUUUUGGUGUUUGAGAUGGUGGUCUUCAUGGGCCUCAUCAUUCCUCUUCCCUUCACCGUCAAGAGGAAGCUCUUCGCCUUCAUCUCCGAGAGUCCUAUAGUGGCCAAAUUACAAUAUGGGCUGAAGAUCACAUUCAUAUUCAUUCUUAUUCUCUUCAUUGACAGCGUCAACCGCGUCUACCGUGUGCAGCUGGAGUUGGCCUCCUUCAAGGAGGGCGGUCCUAUGGGAGCUGCCGCCCUUGGCACCGACCGCAUGGAAGUCCAGGCCCGCAAGUUUUACUCGCAGCGCAACAUGUACCUGUGCGGCUUCACUCUGUUCCUGUCCCUCAUCCUGAACCGCACCUACACCAUGAUCCUCGAGGUUCUCCGUCUCGAGGACAGAGUCAAGCUUCUCGAGGGCGACAAGCGCGCCGGCGGCAAGGACUCCGCUCGUCUCGCGCAGGCUGGUGAGGUUGGCGAGAUCGGCCGUCUCAAGCAGGAGCUCGAGGCGAAGGACCGUGACAUCGAGACUCUGAAGAAGCAGUGCGAGAACCUGACUGCCGAGUACCACCGAUUGGGUGACCAGGUCUCCGGUGACAACAAGGAUGCCGCUCCCAAGAAGGAUCUGUAAGCAGGUGCAACCUAAACGCACGCCAAAAACGCAGCAUUUCAAUCGCUCUGUCGAUUGUUUGUUGCAACAGAGAGAUGGAGACCUAUGGUCGAAGUCAGGCAUGGGAGAUUGAAGUCGGCGGGCGGGUGCGAGGGGACCCAACUCAAGCAGAUCGGAAUCGCUUGCUCUACGCGGCGUUAAUGACUUUCUUCCUUCCUUUGCAUUUAAGGCGGGAAGACUGUACCAUUUCCUUUCGUGGUUUUCGGUUAUCAUGAGAUUUGAUCUGCGAGAGUUGAGCAUGUUACAUUUUCUAGUCACACACAUUAUGUUUUCAUUGGAGUCUCCUGCUUAGCGGGUUUCCCCUUCAUAGGGAGUGGGUAUCAUGUGUUGUCGAACAAUUAAGAGCCCCCUUCAAGGAUAGGGAGUGGCACACAACAUGAUUAGUUAUAUCUACAAAGAUGGUCCUGGAUUUAGCCUACUUUUCUUAUGGUUCGAGC